AUGAAUGGUCUAAAGGCAAUUGCGACUGCAAAACGAGAGGCAAUUUUUUGGAUUGAUGACGUGGGUGAUAUGUCUAAGUGGUCAUUGUGUCAUGAUGGAGGACAUAGGCGUGAACGUGCUAGCGCAUGGUUACUUGGAGGACACAUGUACACAGCGCAUGCCACGAGAAUUAUCAAUAGAAAUACUGAAAAGACAAAUUUUCAUGAGAUAAUCGCAUUUGAUUACAGAAGUGGCGUAUUUGAAGUUAAGACCGGGAGGGGUACUAGAGGAUCGUCCAAGGGGGGAAAGAUUCAACAAGUUGACUUGAAUCAAGAGAAGUGCACAUGUAACAAACUUGAGAUAUACCACCUUCCUUGUUCACACAUACUUGCUGUGUGCAUCAAACGACACCUUUCAUUUGGGAGGUUCGUGGAUCCGUGCUAUACUAGUCAAAGUUAUGCAAGUACAUACGAACAUUACUUCAUGCCCAUGAUCGAUAAGAGGUCAUGGCCGCAAUACACGGGCUUUGAGCUUAGACACGACCCCGCUCAAAUUCGUGGUAUAGGGAGGCCUAAGUCUAAGAGAAUUGCCAAUGAAAUGGAUGAGGGUAGACCAAAUCGAUCUAAUUGUCGUCGUUGUGGGAGCGAAGGUCAUAACUCAUAA